CUCAUUUAGGCGGCUAUUUUUGAGCAUCUGGAGGGAAAUUACGCACAGCUCCAAAGCUUUAAAGUGUGAUCUCAGAGGAAGAAAUGUAUGUGGAUUGAUUUUCCCCUGCUCUAUAUCCUCUCAGCAUUCCCUUAGUCAGUCGACGGAUUUUUUUAAUUUUUAAUUUAUUUUUGUGCCAUUACAGCUCAGUAGAGGGUGUCAGAUCUUUCUUAGAGCACCGCGCAAGGAUGAACACGGUCUCCGCGUUCCUCUUUUUGUGAUUCCCGAAUCGCCACAAGAAAAGAAGCAAAGGAGAAAAAAGAGACACAGAGUGGUGGGGGUGGUGUUGGUGUCUGUGCUGGUGCCAGCAGGACAGAGAGAAACGCCGCAAACGAGCGAGGCAAGCACGCCGGAGAAUGUGAGAGGGGGAUGCGGGUGUUUUGCAGCGGUGGCAUCGCCUGUGAAGCUCCAGCAGCAGCGGGGUGUGAAUUCAGCACCGGGGGAGCGGGGACAGCUCCUGACGCCGCAGCGCUGCACGACCGUGGACCGGAGGAGAGAGAGCAGGGCGCGCGGGCUUGUUCACGUUUAUUCCGCCUCCUCGUUGCCAAGCUCCUAUGUCUUGACACCCGGGAAUGAAUCGUCCACGUUGAAAAAUGCUGCUCUGGAUCGUCCUGCUGAAUGCGGCUCUUUGUGUUGCCAGUGGGAAUGUUACAAAGGACGUUUGUAAGGAGCAGAUAUGCUCCUGCAACGACAUCGAGGGGGAUCUGCACAUAGACUGCGAAAAGAAGAGCUUCACCACGCUGCAGCAUUUGACCGGCCCCAGCUCGCAGUUCUACCACUUGCUGUUGCACGGGAAUUCACUGUCCAGGCUCUUUCCCAACGAGUUCGCCAACUUUUACAACGCGGUGAGCUUGCAUUUGGAAAACAACGGCUUGCACGACAUCGUCCCCGGUGCGUUCCUGGGGCUGCAGCUGGUGAAGAGGCUGCACAUCAACAACAACAAGAUACGAUCGUUCAGGAAAAGCACGUUCCUGGGGUUAGACGACUUGGAAUAUCUGCAAGCUGAUUUCAAUCUACUGAGGGACAUCGACCCCGCCGUUUUCAGGGACCUAAAUAAACUUGAAGUGUUAAUCCUUAACGACAACCUCAUCAGCGCGCUACCUAUAAACGUGUUCCAACAUGUGCCCAUUACGCAUCUCGAUCUGCGGGGGAACCGAAUCAAAACGGUGCCUUAUGAGGGGGUCCUCGAGCAAAUACCAGGCAUUGCGGAGGUUUUGCUGGAGGACAACCCGUGGGACUGUAACUGCGACCUGGUUUCUCUUAAGGAAUGGCUGGAGAACAUACCGCAUAACGCGCUUAUUGGGAGAGUGAUUUGCGAGGCUCCCACCAGGCUGCAGGGGAGCGACCUGAACGAGACGUCAGAGGAGGAUCUGUGUCCUUCACAGAGCGGCGGCGUGGACACCAGCCUGGUCGCCCCUCCCACCCAGGAGGAGACCUUGGUCACAGUGGCCCGUGGCCCCCGUCCCACGCCUUACAAGCCCAGCAGAGACGCCAGCGGCCCGCCGACGCCUGGUGGCCACGGAGCCAAGAGCCGCUCCAAAUCUCGUGAGAACUGGCAGCUGAAAACUAAGCCCACUCCAGUGGUGACAGGUGUGAGCAGCGAAAGAGAGCAGCUGCACAACAUUACGUGCCCCCAGCUGUGCAACUGCAAGCUGGUGGGCUCCAGACAGGGGCUGGGGGUCAACUGUGAGGGCAAAAAGAUCGAGAGCUUAUCCAACCUCAAACCCAGGCCCUUGGCAGCGCAUGAGUUGAACAUGAGAGAUAAUAACAUACAUGGAGUGAAGAAGAACCAGCUGUUGGCCUACUCCAGCCUCAACCAGCUGGAUCUGGGUGGGAACAACAUCAAGAUGAUUGACAACGGUACUUUCCAGAACCAGAGCGAGCUCAGGUGGCUUUAUAUGGAUAAGAACUAUCUGGAUACACUGAUAGCAGAGAUGUUUGUGGGCCUUGUGAAUCUGGAAUAUCUCAGUUUGGAAUACAACGACAUCCAGCUGAUAGUGGCAGGUGCGUUCGGGCCCAUGCCCAAUCUGAGGGUUCUGCUCCUCAACAACAACUUGCUCAAGUCUUUACCCGUGGAUGCUUUUCUUGGGAUUUCUUUAUCCAAAAUUAGCCUGCAUAAUAAUUAUUUCCCCCACCUCCCUGUGGCUGGCGUCUUAGACCAGCUCAAUUCAAUCAUACAGAUCGAUUUGCACGGGAACCCCUGGGAUUGCUCGUGCAACAUUGUGCCCUUCAAGCAGUGGACGGAGAAACUCGGUGCCGAGGUGAUAGUGGGCGAUCUCAAGUGCGAGUCCCCAGAAGAGUUCUGGAAACGAGAUUUCCGCUACGUCCGGAACGACCUCAUGUGCCCGAGACUCUAUGACCGAAUCUCCCCCACCUCGCUCUCCAAAAACAGCACUUUCACCCUGGACUCGGGGACACGCUCAAACUCUUACUUGGAGCCCAACAGGGUCUCCAUCUCCGUGCUCGUCCCUGGGCUGCUGUUGGUGUUCGUCACGUCCGCGUUCACUGUUGUGGGAAUGCUUGUCUUUAUUUUGCGGAACCGAAAGAGGUCAAAGCGAAGGGACGGGAACUCGUCCGCCUCCGAGAUCAAUUCCUUGCAGACAGUGUGCGACUCGUCUUAUUGGCACAGUGGGCCUUAUCACGCAGACGGGGGCGCGCACCGGGGCUUUGACUGCAGCACGCACCUCUCCACAACAAAUGAUGCGUAAGAAUUAAAGGGGGGGACUUUCGUACAAUAAACCUGGAUUACAAACAGUCACAUAGGACAAGGACUGACAAAUGACAAAAAAUCAGCAAGAAUCCCCUGAUUUUGUUCAUCAGGGGGAACACAGACUUGUUAAUGUCUUAUUUUCUCCAGCUGAAGCAAGUAAGUCAGUCUGCUGCUGCACA